AUGAGUGAAAUUCAAAAGAAACAAACUUCUGCUGCGAAUUUGCUCUUGGGCGCAGGCCUAAACUUGUUUGAAACCUCUUCUUUGGGUCAUCCGUUGGAAGUGACCAAGGUCCAAAUGGCAGCCAACCGUACCCAAACCAUGGAGCAAGUCUUAAAGUCGAUUCUUUCGCGAGGCGGCAUCCUCGGUUUCUAUCAAGGGUUAAUUCCCUGGGCUUGGAUUGAGGCUUCUACCAAGGGAGCCGUGCUUCUUUUCACUUCGGCUGAGUUGGAGUACUGGGGACGUCGUGCUGGAUUCUCUUCCACCGCAGCCGGUGCUUUAGCUGGUAUGGGCGGUGGUAUUGCCCAAGCGUAUGCUACCAUGGGCCUUUGUACUUGCAUGAAAACCGCCGAAGUCACUCGUGCCAAGCAAGCUGCCACCGCGGUUAGUGUCCCUAGUACUUUCCGCGUCUUUACCGAUUUGUACAAGGAAAAGGGCAUCCGUGGUAUUAAUCGAGGCGUUAAUGCCGUUGCUCUUCGUCAAAUGUCGAAUUGGGGUAGCCGUUUUGCUCUUUCUCGCUUUUUCGAACGACCUAUCCGGUACUUGUCAGGAAGCAAAGAAUCGGAUCCUUUGACCUCAGCACAGCGAUUUGUUGCUAGCGUAGCAGGUGGUGCGUUGAGUUGUUGGAAUCAACCCGUUGAAGUCGCUCGUGUAGAAAUGCAGAGCUUAACCAAUGGUACUCAAAAUUCCUCCAGAGGAAUCGUUGCUACGAUCCGUUCUGUUUACGACAGCAAUGGAAUCAAAGGCUUGUACAGAGGUGUUGUUCCACGAAUGGGCCUUGGUGCGUAUCAAACUGUCGUAAUGGUCUUUUUAGCAGACAGUAUUCGCUCUUUUUUCAAUCAGGAUUAA